CUUUGUUGUCAAUGGAUUUUUUUUGUUUUGUUUUGUUUUGUUUUUGUUUUUUUUUUUUUGAGGAAAUACUUGGAGGCCGGUUGCUUCGCAUGAAAAUGUGGUUUCUUUCUGCACAUAACAGCAAAACAUGAUUUACAAAUUUAUAGAGUUGCAAGCCUUACAAUUUGUUUGGCAGCACCUUUUGUUGAUCUAUGUUGACGGGUUUUGUUGUUCGGGUCCGGAUCCGUACCCGAUCCGGUUUGUCCUAAUUAGGACUACUUAUACUUCUGUAAACCCUAAUCUUAGUGUUAAUGAAGUGUAGAAGAGAGAGAGUGUCUGGAGGCUAGUGGGCACCAGACCUCCUCACCCGUGGUUUUUCUUCCCUCGAGUCGAGGGUUUUCCACGUUACAUCCGUGUGCUUUCUUCUUCUCUCGUGCACAUUUUGUUUCUACAUGGUAUCAGAGCCGUCGGACUUGGAGAAAACAAAAUCUGUUUUUUGUUCUAUGGUUGUGAAGUUCCAACCCUGACUGCCGCCGCCGCUACCACCGUCGCCGUCGCUACCACCACCGCCGCCGCUGCCCUUGCUGCGCCGCCGCUGUCCUGGCCGUGACCGUGACCACCGCCGCUGUCGCCGCACCGUGGCCGCGUGACUGCCUCCGUCGCUGCCCCGCCGUGGCUGUGACCGCUGCUGCGUCGCUGGUGUCGUGACUGCCGACGCCAACGUCUCUGUUGACGCCUCUGCCGAUGCCGACGUCCGACCACCGACGCCGACGUCCGACGCCGUCGCCUCUUCUCGGCGCGCGCUGCCAAGCGCGGCCCUCUGCUUCCGCCGCGUCCUGCUGCUUCCGCAGCUCCCGUCACUUCCGCCGUUGAUCCCCGACUACGUCAUCUCACCUCUUCUCUCGGUUACUGCUGCUGUGUGUGUUCUUUGGCAGCCACUUCUACCUCGUGAUCAUGGCUGACUCGUCUUCUUCUUCAGUCAACACUACUCUGCCUGAUGUUGUGUCUGCGCGGACUGAUCAUGUACCGGUUCAGGUUACCACCAUUCAACUUACCAAGGAGAACUAUUCCCGAUGGUCUGCUGCGAUUACCAUGGGGAUUGCUGGGCGAGGACGCAUUGCCUAUGUGAAUGGGAGAAAGGUUGAACCUGCUGCAGAUAGUCUGGCUUGGGAUACAUGGUUUCUUGAAGACAACCAGGUCAAAACCUGGAUUGUCAAUUCAGUGUCCCCGGAUAUCCAACCCCUCAUUCUUCGUAAGAAGACUGCAAGGGAUAUGUGGAUUAUUUUGGAGCAGAUGUAUGGCCAAAAGAAAAGGAAAGUUCGUGUGUAUCAACUUAUGAAGGAUGUGUAUUCCCUGCGACAAGGUGCUCUCUCGGUUGCAGACUUUUAUGCAGCAUUAAAAUCUAAGUGGGAGGACCUUGACUAUCACUCUGAUAUUCCAUGGAGGUGUCCUCACGACCAGAUGCAGUACAUGACUGAUAAAUGGGAAAACAGGGUAUUCCUUUUCUUAUCCGGACUGAAUGAUGACUUUGAAAAUAUAAGGGGUCAGAUUCUUAACUCUGACGAAUCAUUUAGUAUUGAAGAUGUCUAUUCCCGUGUUGAAGCUGAAGAACAGAGAAGGCUGCUCUCUAGUGGACGAAAGGGGGAAGAACAGUCUGCCUAUGUUAGCCGUGCCCCUGUUGGAACUCCUCGUUCUUCCCGAAAAUGUACUCAUUGCAAAAAACUUGGUCAUACUAGGGAUUUUUGUUGGGACCUGUAUCCAGAGAAGAAGGAUAGUAGGGGGAGGUCUUCGAGUGGGAAGAAGCCUGUAUCGUCUGCAACAAGUCUGAGUGAUGGGAAAGGUUCUAUUUCUGCAGAGCAGAUUCGUGAGCUACGAGCAUAUUUGAGUAAGAUUGAUGUUGGUCAGGCAGAUACACCAGAUGAGGUGAAGAUCAAUCAGGCAUUGGCUGUUUCAGGGGGAGAAGGACUUGGUGACAGGGAAGAGGAUUGGGAUUGGUUUGGUGUCUGAUGGGCUGUAUCGGCUUCCUAUACGCGUUGUCACAGCUCUUAUGUCAGCAGUCAGCAGAACAGAAAAGAAGGAGGAAGAGUGUCGUC